GCAGCUCCGGUUGGACGAGUGUCUGUUGUUGUCACAGAUAUUUGUUUCCGAGUAUUGGCGGAAUAUUACCGUAGUAUCUACCGAGUAUCGCUCCUUGGCGUGUGUAGUUUUCUGGGAAACUCUUUAAAUUGUCUGUGGACCACAAACAUGGCGUCUCCACCGUGAACUCCUCGUUUUGUGUCCGAGUUGAAACAUGAGCGGGUGAGGAGCUCCACAGCCGAUAUGCCAGCUGACGACAAGGUUGCCAUCCUGACGGACGAUGAGGAGGAGCAGAAGAGGAAGUACGUGUUGGCGGAGGCGUUCACCACUCGGUCAGUGGAGCCGGACGUCUCCACGCUGCCUGUGGCCCCCCCGGCCGACCAGCCCCCGGCCUCGCAGCCCGACUCCAUCAACUGCUGCCAGAGGAUGUGCCUCCGCAUCAACAGCCACCUGCUCAUCUCCAAGGUCUUCUACUUCUUCUUCUACGCCGCCUACGGCUCGCUGCACCCCCUGCUGCCAAUCUACUACAAGCAGCUGGGCAUGUCGGCCAGCCGCAGCGGGCUGCUCGUCGGCAUCCGCUACUUCAUCGAGUUCUGCAGCGCCCCCUUCUGGGGCGUGGUGGCUGACCGCUUCAAGAAGGGGAAGGUCCUCCUGCUGUUCUCGGUGUUCUGCUGGUUGGUGUUCAACUGCGGCAUCGGCUUCGUCAAACCAGCAGAGAUGACAUGCGAGGAGAAGGAUGUCGCUGUGUCCACGCCGGUGACGCCCGGGAUGACGACGGCGCUCCCUCAUGGUAACUUCACACAACCCAGCAACUCCACCAACCACACCAGGCGGCGCCGGGGGUUCCUCGACCUUCCUGAACUCCUCCACUUCAGCGUGCUCCACAGGUACGAACGAAACGCCGACGCCAACGCCACCGUGGCGCCCCCCUUUGAGCCGACUAACACCACCCAGCUCGGAGCAAACUCCACCCAACCCACCACCGCCAUCGUGACCACCACCCCCUCUGCCGCCCCGACUACAGCCAAGGAGUACCAGAUCGCCUACAACCAGGACCAGGUGCAGACCAUCUUCCUGCUCAUCCUCCUCGUCAUCAUCGUGGGCGAAUUCUUCAGCGCCCCCGCCGUCACCAUCGUGGACACCAUCACCCUGCAGUACCUCGGCAAAGCCCGCGACCGCUACGGCCUGCAGAGGAUGUGGGGCUCUCUGGGCUGGGGUCUGGCCAUGCUGCUGGUGGGCAUCUGGAUCGACCACACACACGUCAAGCCCAUGAUCGACGUCAUCGGCUGCGUCCUGCCCGACUACCGGCUGCACAACUACCAGAUCGCUUUCAUCGUCUUUGGCGUGCUAAUGAGUUUGGCGUUUGUUGUCGCCACUCAGUUUCACUUUGAACAGGGCGACGAGUCCCGACAGGAGCCUCCAGAGGGGGCGGGGGAGCGGACGCCAGAGUCCGGCUCCCCGGGCCGGAGCAGCCCCGAUGGCGCUCAGGAGUUCCACUACAGCGACCUCCUGAAGCUGCUGUGCACCGUGCGAUACGGCUCCGUGCUGUUCGUGGCCUGGUUCAUGGGCUUCGGCUACGGCUUCGUCUUCAGCUUCCUCUACUGGCACCUGGAGGACCUGAAGGGGACGACCACGCUGUUCGGCGUCUGCUCCGUCCUGAGUCACAUCUCUGAGCUCGCCGCUUACUUCACCAGCCACAAGUUCAUCGAGCUGGUCGGACACGUCAGAGUGCUCUACAUCGGCCUGGCCUGCAACACGGCUCGGUACCUCUACAUCUCCUAUCUGGAGAACGCCUGGGUCGUCCUGCCCAUGGAGGUCCUUCAAGGUGUGACCCACGCCUCGGUUUGGGCAGCUUGCAUCUCCUUCCUGAGCGCUGCCGUGCCGCCGGCGCUCAGGACGUCUGCGCAGGGAAUCCUGCAGGGCCUUCACCUCGGCCUGGGCCGGGGCUGCGGAGCCAUGGUGGGAGGAGUGUUCGUCAAUUAUUUCGGAGCUGCAGAGACGUUCCGAGGAAUCGGCAUGGCCUCCCUCGUCAUCCUCCUCAUCUUCUCCUUCAUCCAGUUUCUGAGCGGAGAUUCGGAGGGGAAAGAGGACAAAAUGUUAGCGGAGAACAUCCCGGUUCCCUCCAGCCCGGUCCCCAUCGCCACCAUCGACCUGGUCCAGAGCCAGAGCGAGGUCGGUAGCCCGGCCCACCUGGCCGCCGUCUUACCCUUGAAGAAGACCAAGCACCAGGAGGAUCAGGAGGACGUGACGCAGCCGGCGUGGGUGCUCUCCGGCGCCCCCUGGGUCACCAUCGCAUUCGCCAUCUUCCAGAUCAAAGAGAUGAUGAAGAUUGCGAAGAGCAGCGGACCACCACCAGAGGCGGACCCACUGCAGGUACUUAAUGAUGGGGCGUCGGCUGAGGAGGUGGCGUCAUCACAGGAACACUCAAUCGACGACGGCACCGAUCCGCCACCGGCCAUCUCCGAACCAAACGCCGCCCACCCGGUUGAAGACCACACGCACUCACCCUCAGACAGAGGAGGGCCUCAUGAGUACCCAGCGUUCACAGUGGAAACCACAGACUGACCUGAAACUUUUUAAUUUACUCACUGAGCUUUGAACUCUGCGUGUUUUUAGAACUGCAAAAAUAUCCGUCAUAACAAGUCGCUUAACAAAGGUGUGGUGGAAUCAUUCCACUGUAGGUGCAACAUUAUAUUUAAAAUAAUUUAAAAAUGCAGUCGUUUCCAAAUCAAGGUGGACAUAUUAUAACCCUACAAUUAAUUUAUAAAAACGGUUUUAAGCCUAAGACUUGUUUUAAUGGGUUGUUUUUGCAGAGGGGACUUUAGUUAAUAUGUUUAUAUACAAUAAAAAGAGGUGCGCUUGGUGGCGUUUGCUCGUCCAGGGAAAGCAAAUCCAACGCACCUCUGGGCUCUGUGCACUAUAUUCUGAGUUAAACUGUCCUUUACCGCUGGAGUGUGGAGGAGAAUCCUUCAAGUUAAACCAUGUGCCUCUUGGUAAGUUAUUUUGUGACUUUAUUCUCACGGGAAGUGAUGAAAUCUGACAGAAUUUAAAAGAAGUGAACUUCACUUACAUAUUGUUGUUAUUUUCCAUGUAUUUACACAGAGGUUCCCAAGUCGACUCACUGACAUUUUUCACUCUGGCAGGAAACUUUCUAGAAAACGACUCUCAGCAACUCGUACUUCAAAACGAAAAUCCUUAAAGAAAUCGAAUCAAAAACAGGUUUUUAUUUAUGGAUAGAAUCUUUUUACCAAACAAAUGUACUUUUCUCAGUUUUUCUUCUCCCUCGAUACAAGCGGGAGGCGAAACAAAGAGAACUUCACCUAAUCAUUAUGUUUACACCCUUAUUUAAAACCCAGACAGUUGUUCAGGAUUCAAACUAAACUCAGGAUUCAAACUAAACUCCUGCAGGUGUUGACAAGUCCUCAGAACAACUUGUUUUUAGCUGUUGGCCGUCGUGUUAGGGUUUAAAUCCUUUAGUGUGUGAUUGCAGCUUCCAAACGUUUCACCUCUUCUGUCCAAACAUAAAACAGGACUGUGGUGAUGGAAACGCAUCUCUACGACUGCUGCUUGUGCGUCUGAGUCUCAUUUCUGUGUAUUGAACGUUGUGCUGUGGUGCAUGGUUUGGGAACCUCUGUUAUAUUCAAGGAAAAAACAUAUAAUGAAACAUGAGGGACCAUAAAGAAGAAUCAUCUGCCUCAGAUAUCAUCACUUCUCUUGUGUUUAUGAAUUCUGAGCGUCGGAUGAAUUGCUGACGUUCUGAUGCUGUAUAUUUGUAUUUUCCUGAGGAGCACACUGGUGAAGAAGUGCCUCUUUUUAACACUGUUCGCUUAUUUAAUCAUCAUCGUUGUCUUAACUUAUUAUUACAAGAUGUCGGGCAGAGAUCCCUUUACUGUAAAACGCACUGUCAGGGUUUUCUGAAGGUCGAUUCCACUGCUUUUGUAUUGAAACUGCCAAUAACUGACACAUUCUGCACCUGCUGUGUUUGACUUUCAUGCCAAAUAAUUCCCAGUAUUCAGUGUUUUUUGAGUCGGAAAGUUUAAGGAGUGAAGAAAUCCUGCUCACUGUAAUAUGGAUGAUUAAUUAAAGGACAUUUUGGGGAAAGAAAAA